AGAAAAACGACGAUUUGAUUUCACGAUCGAAACAAUGGAAAUUUCUGUUAAAGAAAUCGGAGAUUUAGUUAUCGAAGGAAAGACUAAACGAGUCUUUAAUCUAAAAACCAAUGAUUCUCUGGUUUUUGUUCUUUCAAAAGACAGAAUAACAGCCGGCGAUGGACUCAAAGCACAUGAACUCAAAGGAAAGGCAGAGAUCUCGACGAAAACCAAUUGCGCGCUCUUCAGGUUUCUUCAGUCCAUAGGAAUUCCAACUCAUUUUGUCGAUCAAAUCAACAAAGAUUCUCAUCCCGAUUGGCAAAGAGCUUUCGUGGCCAGAAAAUGCCAAAUGGUUCCAAUCGAAUUUGUGGCCAGAAGAGUGGCCACCGGAUCUUUUCUUAAAAGACAUCCGAAUGUCGAAGAAGGAUUCCGCUUUUGUCCGCCGAAAUUGGAAACAUUCUUCAAAGACGACGCGAAUCAUGAUCCGUUUUGGUCGGAAGAGUCGUUGGUUUCGGCGAAUCUGAAGAUCGGAAAUGUGGUUAUAAAGGAGAAACACGUCCAGAGAAUGUUGUCGACCACAAGAGUCGUCUUCGAAGCCAUAGAAAGAGUUUGGCAAACUGCGGAUCACGCGCUAAUCGACAUGAAAAUCGAAUUCGGAGUUUUGGCCGACGGAUCCAUUGUCGUCGCAGAUGUCAUUGACAACGAUUCGUGGCGUUUAUGGCCGUCGGGAGAGAAGAGAUUAAUGUUGGAUAAACAGAUUUAUCGCAAUCUUAAAGUCGAAGAAAUCGAUUCAAAAGCUUUGGAAGAAAUUCGCGGGAAAUUCGAAAUUGUCGCCCAAAGAACGCACCGAAUCUUCACCGACGUUCUGCCCACUUCCAACCAGUCGUCUGCUCCCGUAGUGGCCAUUUUGCUCGGAUCGUCUAGUGACCGCUCUUUUGCCGAAAAGAUUGUUUUUGCUUUGAAAGAGAAGUUCGGUAUAAAAGAGGUUUCAAUAGACGUUUGUUCGGCUCAUAAAGCGACCGAAAAAGCCAUAAGAGUUGUCCACAGAUUAGAACAAUCGCCGCGUUUGAGAGCUAUUAUAGCCGUCGCAGGAAUGAGCAACGGAUUAGGUCCAGUGACCGCCGGUUUGGCAACUGUUCCCGUUUUCUGUUGUCCUCCGACCGCUUCUGCCGACUCUUUGGCACUUGAUUUGUGGUCUUCGGUUCGAAUGCCGUCCGGAAUCGGAUGUUCGACUGUUUUGGGAGCGGAGAACGCGGCGCUGGCUUCGGCACAAGUGGUCGGAGUCGAUAAUCCGUGGAUUUGGAGUCGAAUUAGAGCUCAAAAACUGUCGAUUCGUUUAACAAUCGAAGAAAUGGAUUAAAAAUUAUUUUAAAAUAAAAACUUUUAUUCAAAA